UGGACUCGUAAUCAAUCCAUCCAGCGCUUGCCACACGGGCUGCGUUCGUCGCUCCAUCUCCACGGUGCUGGUAGAGGCACCUCGCGUGAGUUUACGUGACUCGCUUUGCCCCGACUGCAAAUGGAUUCUUCGCAGGCCGUGCGAACCCCACGCGGCCGUCUGCUCGAGAAUUGCUUUCAAUGUACGCGGCACUGCUUUCUGUAUUCAUCAGAGGGGCCUGCAAUCGGAGGCUUGCCACGUUAGUCACUGCCGUACACACGACGCCCCCUUCGUCUUCCUCUUCUUGUUGUUCCUCCUCCUCCCGCUUCGUGACGCGCGAUGUCUCCCGGCCUGGCUGUAAGUGCGGAGCGCCUCGCGAUUAGCGUGUAGGCCGUGGACCUGCUAUAUUUGCAGUGCAACCCAACGUUGUGACAUCGUCAUUACAGCCAUGGGCGCAUUUUCACCACCCUGGAUGGUUCUCAAAUGGCGUGGCUAAAAUGUGUAGCUUCUCACAAUGAACGAAGACGUAGUGGCCGCAACUCAGAGGUGCGGAGCCAAGCUCAGAGUCGCUCAAAAGCAUGAUUGUAGAGGAGUUCUCAGAGUGAAGAAAGAAAGCAUGUCAUUUCCCAUCGACGACCUUUCAAAACACCUUUAUCGCCUUGGCCGGUUUGUAAAUUGCCCAUCAAACUUAGAGCCACGAAUACGGGAUCUGGCCAAAGCUGGAUUUUUUUACACUGGCAAGGAAGACAAGGUCGAAUGCUUCUCGUGCAAAGGAGUGAUCGGUAAUUGGAAGUCGGGCGACUCGGCCAUUGCAAAGCAUUUGCAGAGUUUUCCACAUUGUACAUUUGCUCGGUCGCUGGCACAAGCUACAGACACUCAGACCUCCAGUGGAGCAUCUAUACCAAGACAUAUUGUGGCGGCUACCAACAAUGCAUCCGAGAUCACCCAUCAUCAUUCUCUGCCACCUUCGAUUGGCAUGAACGAACCACCUAUGCAAAACGCUCUCACUUCCUUGCCAAAUGUGGAGGCAGGGGUACCAUCGAAUUCAGAGAUGCAUGUCGAAGCGAACAGACUGCUCUCAUUCUCCACAUGGCCAGAGUCAUCUCCUGUUCGGCCUGCAGACUUGGCACGGGCUGGACUGUACUACGUGGGUCCCGGCGACCGGGUGGCCUGCUUCUAUUGUUCCGGCGUAAUGCGUGACUGGGAGGAGGGAGAUGUCCCUGCCAAGGAGCAUGAGCGACAUUUCUCCACCUGUGCUUUCGCGAUGGGCAGCAGCAACACCGGUAACAUCCCACUCGCUCAGGCCCAGCAGGCCUCAUUUUUGCCGGACACUCAAAAUAGUGCGUGUUCUGCAUCUCCUAUGGCAAGGACAACGAGGGCCAGAAAUCCAGAAAUGCAUUCGGUGGUGGCGCGGCUUGCAACUUACCAGGCCUGGCCUUCCACUGCCAAUGUAGCUGCACAGCCACUAGCAACCGCUGGCUUCUAUUACACUGGUCAUGGAGACAACGUGAAGUGCUUCCACUGUGAUGGUGGUUUACGAAACUGGGAACAAGGAGAUAACCCUUGGUAUGAACAUGGCAAGUGGUUUCCCAGAUGUGCAUUUCUUUUACAACAGAAGGGUGAAGCUUUCGUAAAUGAAAUAAUGAGGCAACAUCCACAAUUGAUAGACCUCACGGGUGAGGUAUUUAGACAGAGAUCACAGAAUGCAGCUGCACAAAAUGGGAAUGGCAUCGGCAGCGCAGAUGAGACCUUGAUGAAGAGCGAUGUGGUCAAGGGUGUGCUUGAGAUGGGUUUCCUUGCACCGAUGGUGGAAUCGUUAGUGCGCACUCGCUACCUCACUAAGGGGGAGACGUACAGCUCUGUCGUUGAGCUCGUAACAGACGUGCUUAAUGCAGAAGAAGAAGAAGGAGAAUCACCGAAGAAAUCCGCAAAUUACGUUCAGGAACAACAGAAGUCUGCUGCUGAGCAAAAGGAACUGAAAAGUGAAGAAUCGCUACCGCCGGAAGAGGAGCUCAAGCGGCUGCAGGAACAGCACACAUGCAAGGUGUGCAUGGACAAGGAAGUAUCCGUUGUGUUUAUACCGUGCGGCCAUCUCGUGGUGUGUCGAGACUGCGCCUCCUCUCUGCGCAAGUGCCCCAUCUGCCGUGCGGUCGUGAGAGGAACAGUUCGGACGUUUAUGUCGUAGGCAGAUGGCCAAGGGAAAAAAUUACAUUGACACUAUCUUUAUGGCGUUUAUAUAAUCUGUAUUAACAUACCUAAUCAUUUAUUAGAUAGUUAAUUAAUUGUGUGUUUAACUUCUUAUAUAGAGACAAAAGACGGCCAAUAGCAGAGUCGGUUUGGCAACAAACCUCAGUUACGAUGUGUCAAUAAAAACAAGAGUGUGAAUUAUAGUUUAAAGGAAUAAAUUGACUGCCUUAGAAAUAUUUCUGAAUCUUGAGAGGCAGGUAAGGCACCUCAACGUGACAUGUGCUGCUUUUAAAGAGCAACACUUUAAUUAUUCGCAGCACAAAGCAGGAUGAGGUAGUCAUGGUUAAGGGUAUUAAAUAUUGAGUUCCAGACAAAUGAACAUUAAAGGUUUUUAUUUAUAUGGGCAAUAUUGUUUACAGUGUACAUUUGGGUCUUUUUUUCUCUCCAUUUUAGUUUGCUAAAUAUAAUUGCUCUUUCGGUGGAAGAUGUGUUUUAAAGUUAAUGUGACCAAUGUUUUUUCCUAUUAUGUGCGUUUGUCACAUUCCAACUGGUGACAUGGCAACUGAUGUUUCCCAUCGCUACAGUUGACAAACUUUGCACAGCUACACUGCAUUGAUGAUCUCCAAAAAGAGUGAAACACGUGGCCAUUACUAGUUUUUGGAAUAAUUCUUUUCAGCAGCUUUGUAAUUCAGUGGGAUUCUUUACAUUUUCAUAUAAGUUUUGUAAUGCUUAGUUUGGAAGUCUUAAAAGUGGUCACAAGAAUGUAAAUUGCGUGUAUUCUUAAUACACUGCAUUUCAAUUGGAUUGAGUAUGUGGCUGAGGAAAGUGUGCCUGUCAAUGGUAUGAAAAUGUGAUAAAUCUGAAUUCAAUAUGCCUUGUUACAAAAGUGCGUAUUUUUACAGAACCUUGAUAAGUCGUUUAAUAAAACACGUGUCUGUAGUUGCAAUUUAUUGGCCAUAACAUUUGCUUUAUCCACUUUAAAGUAGCUUUACAUCCAUUAGUGGAUUAUAUAUGUUCAAUGGUAUCGUGACAAGAUUUUUGUACAAAGCAAUAUCAGUUGUAUAAUUAUCCUGUUGUCAUUGCUUUACUGUACCUAUGAUAAUUGGUACUUUGCAACUGAAAAGACUAAUAUAGUUACAUAAUUAAAACUGUAUUUAGGCUCAUUCUUGUAAUGAAUGUACAAUGGUCCAUGGAAUUAUAAGUGUGGUAGAUUAACAUCUAUAAACAUUCAGCUAAAAUGUACACGUCACGUUUCACACAAAAAAAACUGGUUAAUAUUGAAAAUGUGUAAAUAUCAUUGCAUCUGAAAUGGAUGCUAAAUGUUAUAUAUAUCACUACAGGAACACCUAUGCAUGUACUGUGUAGUAACCGUUAUUGAUGGGUGAAAGAGCUUACAUUGCUAUAAUUGUUGCUUAAGUUCAAUGCACUUACCACUAGCCAGUUAACCAUUUUUCUCAAUAAUCCACAUCUGAUACUGAGGCACAUGGUUGCCACAAUAUGGAAUCCUGAGGCUUUCAUAAGGAAGCUCAGGAGAACUCAAUCGUGGCUGCCAGGCGUCUUCAGUUGGCCCUGCUUCAUCCUGUCUUGGACAAUCUCAGAUUGAUUUCUUGGGAUCUCAAGACGAAUUCGUGGAGGGCCGAGCAGGGUCUUUGUGGAACAGGUCAAUUCUUCCUCAGAUUUUUGUUCAAGUUGGUUCUAUUUCAAUAAAGAGCUAUUGCCGAUUAAAUGUAAAAAUUAUUUCUGGAGUAAUUGAUGGCAUAAUUGUAAAAGUGCAUUGAUUUGAAGACUUGAAGUGCAGUUGAAUGAUUUGGGUAAUCUUUAUUUGAACUGGAAUGUGUGUGAACGUCUCGCACAAUGUCGUCAACCGUUCUAAUCAAAUGAACAUAAAGCAAAAAUAUACAAUUGAGAAUUAAAAUUACAAAGCUAUGGAACACUUGUUGCAAUGUGAAAACAUUGUAUUGUAUCUUGACUUUCGUGACUGCAGGAAUUCAUAUUCUUUGGGUCUUUCGGUAAAGUCACAAAGAAAAUAACAAAACAAAAAACUGUUUCGAUCGCAACACAAGCGGUUCCUGAUGACGACCGCUUGUGUUGCGAUCAAAACGUCGUAGUUUAUUUUCUUUGAACCUGUCUACGUGACUUUACAGAAAGACCCAAAGCAUAUUGUAUUGUAUGCUAUGGAAAGUUGACAACCCUGCUGAGAAUGGUGGGAAUGUACAAUGAUAGUGUUUUUAGAUGACAGUGUCAUGCAUUAGUCAUUAAUUCACUGGUGGAAGAGGGUUGAUCCACACCUCGUCAUGGUGGUUGUUUUGCUAUACCAGCGUGGUCAGUGUGGGUCGAUGCAAAAAUUGCCCCAGACCAAUGCAGACGUCACUAAUAUUAGCCAGGGCUCAUCUGUGUAUUGGACAUGUGAAAAAGAGCUUAAUAGCUCAUCGGAUUCCUCCAGUAUAUUCUGAUUGCCAGGCUCAUUGCGCAAUGCACCGUCUGGACCAACUCUCUAACUAACCCAACGGCAAAACCCAGUUUUGAAUAGCUGCAUUUAAUAUUGAAUGCACAAGUUGAUCAUAUACAAUUAUGUUAACAUUGUUUUGCCUAAUGCAUUAAACAUACGUUGAAAACA